AUGGUGAGCAAGAAUAAGAAAAGGCUGGAAGAACGAAAAAGAAAAGUGGCGGAUCGAUGUGAAGACAGAAGCAUAAUUGAAAUCCCAUCACAAAAGCGUAGGAUAUUUGGCAACGAUGAAGCUACACUUGUUAUUGAAGGUGUCGACAAAGAGAACGGAUUUUGCGGGGAACAAGCUUCCGCAAUUUUACCUACUCGAGAGUAUGUAGCACAACAACUGGUUAUAGCGAUUCGUGCAAAACAAUUAGUUAUUCUUGAGGGUCCUAUAGGUUGUGGAAAAACAUUCUUAGCAUCGUAUGCUGCAAGAGAGCUGAACAUACCUUUAAAAGUUAUGCAAAUGGGAGACCAAGUUGACUCAAAGAGCUUCUUUGGUUCAUAUCACUGUUCAGAAGUUGCUGGACAGUUUUUGUGGAAACCCUCCAGUUUCAGUCAAUGGCUGAGUAAUUCGUGUUUAAUUUUGCUGGAAGAUAUCGAUUUGGCUAAUGCUGAUGUUGUAUCUACAGUCGUACAACUAGCAUCUGAAAGAAGUGCAGUUCUGCCAUCCGGAGAAGUUGUGCCGUUUCAUAAGGAUGUUCGGAUCUGUGUAACUCUAAGUGGUAAAGGGAAAAAGAGUGGUAUACUUGAUGGUGUGCCAGUUCGAAUAGAGCUCCAACAAUUAACUGACGACGAACUUCGUCGGCUCAUUUCUAAGGCAUCACCACGAGUUGCUCAUCUGGCGAAAACCCUUGUUUCGAUUUUUCGAACCAUAGAAGGUGCCCCGCCAACUGCAAACUCUCGACAGCUCACAUCUUCAGACUUACUGCGUGGAUGUGCUCGACUCAACAAACUUACUGAUCUUUCGUCUAACAUGGCUAUUUUCACAGAACUUGUCGAUACAUGGUGUCUCGCUGAUCCAACAGAAAGAUCAUUUGGAUUAUGUAAGAAACUGGCUGAUCACUUGCUAAUCACCGCUGAUCAAGUCUCUUUUCACCUUUUUCUGCGACAACCCACAUUUUCUCACGACGAACGCUUUUGCACCGUGGGACGAUGUCGUCUGCCAAGUUCUCCUUCUCUUCAUGGUUCCCAGAGGCACCGUCUUGGCCACACUAGGGAUGUUUUACAGCUCAUGGAACGCUUAGCUGUGUGUGUCCAAAAUCGGGAACCUGUACUGCUUGUUGGUGAGACUGGCGUGGGAAAAACGUCCGUUGUCCAGUUCUUAGCUUCUGCAGUCAAUGUAACUUUGAAAGUUGUCAAUCUUAGCCCUUAUUCAGAUGCGGAUGAAUUGAUUAGCGGGUUCAAACCAGCCAGUGUAGCUCACGUACUAAGCCCUUUUACACAUUUCUACCACGACGUUUUUACGAGCAACUUCGAUGUCGCAAAAAAUAAGAAAUUCCUUUCCCACUUGGAGGCUUGUAUUUCAACUGGUCGAUACAGAGAUUACCUUACGGUGGUAAUUGCAACCGCCGAGAAGGCCUUGAUGAGAAAAUCCACUAGAAAGGAUCCUCGAUGGGCUUCUGUCAUAGUUCGUGCGAGACGGAUACGUGAUGGUUUGGAUCGAGGUGCUACUCCCUUCACUUUAGCUCGUGGAGUAGUGCUGGAAGCUGCGCAAGAGGGACACUGGCUAUUAAUUGAUGAAAUAAAUUUGGCUCCUCCUGAAAGUCUUGAUGCAAUUGUGCAUGCAAUUUCGAAUGACGUACAUCCCAAUUUCCGCCUUUUUGCUUGCAUGAAUCCAGCAACAGAUGCUGGGAAAAGAAGACUACCUGCAAGCGUACGUACACGAUUUGUCGAAUUCUAUGUGGACGAAGUUACUGAUGCUCACCAGCUGGCCUUAAUUGUUUCGACCUAUCUUCCUUCAAUGAACGCAGCUGCUGUCGCUAAGCUGGUGAACUUCUACCUCUACGCUAAACAACUCUAUCCAUCCAGCUACAGUUUACGUACUUUUUGUCGAGCCCUUACGUUUGCUGCCGAAAAUAUGUUUGGAAGUGAAGAAAGGUCUUUGUAUGAAGGGGUGUGCAUGGCAUUCCUCACAAAUCUCGAUGCUGAGGCGAAAGAGAAAAUGCGCAGUAAAAUUGGACAAACUUUUCGUGUGAAUUCGAAAGUUCCUAUGCCUUCUCCUUCUGGAAAAGCUGACUAUGUUCAGGUUGAAGGCUACUGGAUAGAACGUGGUUCGAAUCUACCUCAGGAAGAUCCUAAUUAUGUGGUUACGAAGACAGUGAAAGCAAAUUUGGCCGAAAUUGCUAGGAUAACAUCUAGCGGAAGGUUUCCUAUACUUUUGGAAGGCGAGACUAGUGCUGGAAAAACGUCCAUUGUCUGUCACCUUGCUCGCGUAACCGGCAACGCCAUCAUCCGUAUCAACAAUCAUGAACAUACCGACGUUCAGGAGUAUAUGGGAUCAUACGUCGGCGAUGCUAAUGGACGUCUAGUCUUCCGCGAAGGCGCUCUUGUAAAAGCUGUAAGAGAAGGAAUUUGGGUUAUCUUAGAUGAACUGAAUCUCGCUCCCACCGACAUCAUCGAGACUUUGAAUAGAUUGCUAGACGACAACCGCGAGUUGUUUGUGCCAGAACUCAACACCGUGGUCCAAGCCCACCCUCGAUUUCGCCUUUUUGCCACACAAAAUCCUGCUGGAAGCUACGGUGGACGUAAGCGACUCUCACGUGCGCUUAUGUCUCGGUUUGUGGUGCUAAAAUUCGACAAUUUGCCGCUGGAUGAGCUCUCUUCAAUGGUUUGUGUACGUUGUGGUGUACAUACAUCGGCUGCCACUAAAAUGAUCAAUGUCUUAUCGAAACUUCGUUUGAAGCGUUCUGUCAGCGGUCUUUUCUCGGCGAAAGAUGGUCUCAUGACUUUAAGAGAUGUGUUUCGAUGGGCUACACGACUAGCCACGGAUUCCACGUGUGAUGAUUGGCUUCAGAUACUUGCAAAUCAUGGGUUCUUUCUGCUUGCCGGACGUUGCCGAAUCAAGAAGGAUAUGGAGUCGGUAAUAGAAACCCUUGAAAAUGAGCUGAAGCGGAAGAUUGAGCCAUCGAAGUUAUUCGCUGUGGAUUCACCAUACAUGCCGAAGGACGUAGUCGCGGAAGGCAUUGUGAUGACUUUGGGAAUGAGGCGAAUGUUAGUGAUGACCGAGCAGGCGUGGCUUAGAAAUGAAGCAGUACUUGUGGUUGGAGAAACUGGAGGCGGGAAGACUAGUCUAGCUCAAGCUAUGGGUAGGGGCAGCCUAAUUACCAUCAACUGUCACGAGAAGACCGAGACGGCUGACCUGCUGGGAAGAUUGCGACCUAGAGAGAACGGAGGGUUUGUGUGGUCGGACGGCAUUGUGAUCUCGGCAAUGAAAAGUGGAGUCCCACUACUAAUUGAUGAAAUAUCAUUAGCUGAAGAUGCUGUACUAGAAAGACUGAAUCCGUUGUUUGAGGAGGACCGCAAAUUGCUCUUGUCCGAGGCUGGUGUUGAAGCUCAUUCUAUUAGUGCCAAAGAUGGCUUUCAAAUAAUCGCAACCAUGAAUCCAGGAGGGGACUACGGUAAAAAAGAAUUGUCGAAAGCACUUCGAAAUCGCUUCACGGAGAUCUGGUCGAGUUGCGACUACGAAGAGAACGAGCUCUUAGCUAUAUUUGAUCUAAGAGUCACUGAAAAGCUGAAGAAUUAUCAUCAUGACCGAAGCAAGUCACCAGCACGGCUGGUUAUCAGUUGGAUCACCGAGUUCUUCAAAAAAUACAAACACGCAUUCAGACAUUCCCCAUCUGUUCGAGACAUAGUAGCCUGUGCGGAGAUUUAUGCAGCCUGUAUAGCCAGUGGAAUAGGCCGAACUACAGCAGUACAUGAGGCUGUAUCGGCUGUUUUUUUGGAUGCAUUUGGGAGUUUACCCGUGAGGAUGUCUGUUCACCUUGAAUCAGUGCGCAAGGACGCGGAAGAGCUGCUUCGUCAACUUUCCCCUGACGAUGGAACCGUGGAUUCUACGUCACUGAACUUACGUGAAGGUGUGGGCAAAAUAUCAAUAGGACAAAUCUCGAUUCCUUACGGACCGAUACCACCAUCUAAGCCUAAGCUUUUUUCCUUCCGUGCGCCGACAUGCAUUUCAAAUUUUUAUCGUAUCGCUAGAGGUCUACUAAUCAAUAAACCAAUCUUACUGGAAGGUGCGCCUGGUUGCGGAAAAUCAAGCAUGGUGAUGGCGUUAGCGCAACUGACAGGACAUCCCAUCACGAGAUUAAACCUGUCUGAUCAAACUGAUCUCUCGGAUCUUUUUGGUCGCGAUGUGCCAGUGUGUACAGAGGAUGGCAGCUUAUCCUUCCAAUGGGAAGAUGGACCAGUACUGCGAGCCAUUAAAAAGGAGGAGUGGGUACUUCUAGAUGAGAUGAACCUCGCAUCUCAAGCUGUUCUGGAGGGUUUGAAUGCGUGCUUCGAUCACAGAAGAAUUCUUUACAUACCUGAGCUGGGUCGUUCUUUCGAAGUCCCGCCAGGCAACAACUGUCGAUUCUUUGCUUGCCAAAAUCCUCGCUCACAAGGUGGAAACCGACGCGCGCUCCCGAAAUCUUUUGUAAAUAGGUUCACUAAUAUUUACGUCGAAGAUCUAACAAAGGAAGACAUCUUAUUCAUCCUGAAAGAGCUACCAACAGCUGCACAAAUUGGAGAUGUUCGCCUCGAAGCAAUGGUAUCUAUCACCAUGCAUCUUGCUGCCGAACAUGAUCUUCUUGGUGGUCCCUUUUCUUUCAAUCUAAGGGAUCUCCUUCGCUGGGUCGAUUUGUUUCAGAAGAACAAUAACAUGUCUACAUGCUUUGACAUUUUAUUCCUGAGUAGAAUGAGAAGGACAGAAGAUCGUCAGAGGUUGCUUCAUUUAUACGAAGAACUGUUCGGUGAGCCAUGUGUAAGGACACCUGUUGUUCUCUCUGCAGACGAAAAUGACUUGCGUAUAGGCAAGGUGCGCCUUCCUCGACUUGGGGGAACUUUCACUGCACAGCAGUCCAGUCAUCGAUUACUGUCAAGUCAAGCAGUACUUAUGCACCAUUUGGGUGUAUGUGUUGAUAUGCGAUGGUUGUCUCUUAUCAUAGGACCCAGAAACUGUGGGAAGCGAUCAACGUUGGAGAAUCUUGCUCGUAUAUGUGGUGUUGAACUACAUACUAUAGUCCUCAAUUCGGAAACGGACGCCCAAGAACUCAUUGGAUCGUACGAACAGGUGGUCGAUGAUUCGGCGAUCGUCGAAGCCAGGAGUAUCCUAUGUGGUACUCUUAGCAACCAUGUGCCACAGUCAGCUAUUGAACGGAUAAAUAGUGCAGCUGACAUGACCGAAUUGGAGACAUCAACUGAACUGGCACUAACAGAAAUACAUGAGAACGCCAACAUUGUUGUGGAAUGUCGUGAAGUGUUGGCACGUGCUGCACGGUCAGCAAUGCGUUUCGAAUGGCGUGACAGUUCGGUCGUGAAGGCUUAUCUUGAGGGCCAUUGGUUGCUGAUUGAAGAUGUGAAUUUAUGCAGCGCUUCUGUGUUGGAUCGUCUGAAUAGUUGUUUGGAAAGUGAAGGACGCCUGGUGAUCUCCGAACGUCAGUCAUCGUUUGAGCCGUUGGAGCCACAUCCGAAUUUCAGAGUCUUUUUAUCCAUGGAUCCACAAAAUGGAGAGAUUUCGCGUGCAAUGCGGAAUAGAAGUGUGGAGAUGUUUGUGACUUCAAAUCAGCAAUGGAAUAAAAAUCCUGCUGAUGUGGCGGCAGUAAUAUCAUCUCCCUCGAAAUGUGUUCCUUUGAAGGUAUCGGAGUCUCUGUGUUCGUUGCCGGUUGAAAAACAGUUGCAUUUUUCUGUACUGCUCAGUGAACUGUCGGUCGAGGAAGCAUGUCGAGCGUUUGGCUUGCCUUAUGUGACCGAUGCAUGUGAUAAUUUGGAGGCCGGAAUAUAUCCACCCCUAGGAAAGGAAGUGAACACCGAAGUUUACGACCUAUGGCUGCUGAAUAACUGGAGAGAGUGUUGUGAUUCUGAUUGUUCAUAUGGAAUCUUACUUGCACUACUGUCAACCUCCACAUUUGUCCUCAGAGAAUCGCUAUUUGAGCGAGUAUUUGGCGAAUCCGGUCAUCUUCUGGUAAACUGCUUGUGCGAGGUUACAAAAUCCUUGGAUUUAUCCCAUCAUGCCAUUGAUCCUCGUUUUCACCAACACAGUCUGAAUGCAGGUGUUGAGAAAUCUAUCCAAAGAUUUGUGACAACAACUGUUAAAGAAUGGUUUCACGAUGUGUUAAAAUCCGUCCCAAUGGCUUCUGGAUCGGGGGAACUGCUCAGUCGAACGUUAUCCAAAUAUGAAAUGUCCAAGCUGGAUGCGAGCUUCUGUAAUCUGUCUAUGGUUGCGAAUACUGUAGAUACUGUGAUUGAUUCGCUCCACGAACUUGAAGUGGAUGAGGCUGAAAUUUUUACGUAUUGUUUGCGUCUUCUUCUCUUUGUCAUAGCAGCCCGAAGAUCAUUGGAUCAGUAUUCUGGAUCUGCUCUUCUUUAUAUUGCUUUCGAAGAAAUGCACCGAAUGGUUUUAAAAUCAAGAUCUGGACCAUUGUCGAAAGUAGUCGCACUGUUGAGCAGGGAGUGGUCGUUAGAGGCUCAUCAGCGCUUCAUCGAUAUGUAUUUGCCAUUGUAUCAAACACAUCGAAUGGUGGAUGCAUUUUGUAGUGAAGAGGAGUGCCAGAGAUUCUGUUCGCUGAUCCAAACAUCACUUCCUGAAAAUGAUGGUGAAGAGCUUGAACUUUGUAUGGAAAGUGAAGAUACAAAUGUCUGUGGAGCACUGAAUAUGUUGCCACAAAAGGAAUCUCUCACUGCUAAUAUGCUGGACCUAAUCGUGGUUAUAAGGAAGCUUCAUGCUUUUUUCAUCUCCCGAUCAUUUGACAGUAAAGAGAAGGUAUUUGCUGAUCAGCAAGCAAUAGUGGCUGUCAAUUGGAGAAAUGAAUUGUUCGAAAGAUCCGCACAAGGCGUGACAUUGCUGAACAGCGAAUAUUUGAAGGAUAGCAAGGUUUCUUCACUGAGAUUCAAUGGGGCGUUCUCAACAGUAUUUCUCUUGUUUUGGGAAAAUGUUGAUUUCGAUCCGGCUAUGAGUACUCUCUCAACUUCUCAUCUUAGCAAAUGUGAAUUGAGAACGUUUGCAAAUCAGCUCUGGCGUUUGGCUCCCAACAGCUCACGGUUGUCAAGGCUUAUUCUAAAGGAACUCGAUGCUGUGUGCUCAGGGGUGACGGGAUGGCACAGGGAGAUGAAGGAGGGCAAUGGAUGGAAAGAAGCUGCUGAGAUAGCAUUCCAGGUCAUGGAAAAUGCACUUCCACCUCCCGAAACGCUAGAUCCUGUUGUGUUCAAUGAGCAGAAGGCUAUCUACCGGUCUAUGGUCCUCAAUACAGUCAAUGAGCCUUUGCUGGUGCUUGCUAAGUGGAGAAAUUGUGUAUCGAGGCAAGAUCCCGAGUGUGAUUCUCGUUCGUCACACCCAAUCAUAGCUGCACUAUGGCGCACUCGGCGUGAACUAGAAGAAAGUGUUGAUGAAAAGACUGAAAAGGUCAUAUUCUUCCGCCAGAAAACGAACAGAUACUCGGCUUUGUGCAGCGAAAUGCGGGCAUUCUUGAAGAUAGCAGCGACGGUUACACCACUAUUACAAGAAAUAGGCGCAGAUGCUGAUUUAAUUCUGAAGGACAUGGAGUCAUCGCAGUUGGAACUUGUGCUUGCGCAAUUAAGAUCAUUCGCUGUGAGCGCAUCGAGCUUUAGACAGAAGAUAUUAGUCGAAUUCCCAUCAUUCGUGGACGUCUCCAUGACUUUUCUUCAAGGAAUUAGCAUUUUUCUCUGCUCGCUUCAUGAAGCUUGUGAUGUCAUACAAACCGCUCUACGCCGUCGAGAUUUUCGUAUUACUACCGCUUUUCCGAUGGAUUUUGAGCUCAAGCCAUCCACGGAAGGUCUUUGGUCCCCAGAGUUGCUGGCUUGGGCUUGUCGAGACGCUUCACCAAUGCCACUUCGUUUGAAAGCAGCACUAGUUAAGCGAAGAAUCGCACUUUCUAUGGAUCCUCAAUGUGACCUGGAAUGGACGCGACAUCAAUGGCAAAAAUGGUACGAAAGAACUGUCGCGAAAGCUGCUGAGAAAGAUUUCGUUUAUCGAACAAAAACAGAAGAGGAAAAAGAUGAACUGGAUAUGCUUGAGUUCUUUUCGGAGUUUCAACAAGAGCGAGAAGUUCUUGUGGACAGAGAUCUGUCCUCACUGCUUGAGGCUACUGAACACACGCAACCAUCCAAAGGAAAUGCCAAGGACACGGAAUACAUCCUUGCUCUUGUGUGGUUAAGGCGGAUGUUGUGUGAUCUUCGAUAUUUUGGCCAAGAACUACAUGAUUCUACAGUUGAUUCUGAUCUCAAUCUUUUGUAUGAGGUGAUCUCAAAAGUUGAAUCAGACGGUGCUGAUGUGGUUGACGUGUACCGUGGAGCAUCGUUGCAGCAAUUUCGUCGAGCUGCUGGCAUUUUAGAAGCACUUGCUGAGCGCACAAAAGCUGUUAGAGAACGAUGGCCAGAGCAUGUGUCCUUGAAACUGAUUCUGGAUGCGAUAAAUGACUUCUAUAAUGCUCGCCUUUCCACCACUCACAUGAAGAUGGCGACACUAGUCGAAAAUAUAAUAGAACAAUGCGAAGAAUGGGAGAAGAUUUCUGAUCGAGCAAAUUCGCUCUCUCAUGAACUAGCUGGUGUUCGAGAACUUCUUGUUGAUUGGAAGAAAAUGGAGGUCCUCUCUUGGGGAGAACUUUUGAAUCGAGUAGAAGAAGACAGUCAGAUGCGCGCUCAACUUGUUGCUUUCCCUCUUUAUGAUGCACUAUUCAGGAUAGAUACAUUAGAAUCUCAAACCACACUUUGUGCGAUGGCAACGGAAUGGAUCAGUAACGCUACCCUCAUGGACUAUGCAACUAGGAUUAGAAGCGUUCAUUGUCUUGCAAACUGGGCAACACUGCUCGGACAUCGUUUGCUGGGGAUUAAUCUGGGCUCAAUCGCUGCACAUUUCAAACAAUAUGCACCGAUUAUAGAGGAGAAGCUGAGAGAAGCCAGAGUACCAGCUGAAAAUAGUCUCAAAGACUAUGUGAAAGUAAUGAAAUACAACGACCUCAACCUUUGGAAUAUCAAGGUGUCAUCACAAAAAGCCCAUUCUCAGUUGUUCAAAAUAGUACGGAAAUUUAAGGAAGCUGCUGGUGUUCAAGUUUCUCAGUAUUUCGAUGAAUUAGUUGAUAUGGACGUUUCAAAUGUUCCUGAACCAUCCAUACUUGUGGAAAGAGAUUGUGAAGGACACAUACGUCGAGCGCAGCAGUUAGCUGCAGAAAUCCUCACUUAUGCGGAAAAUCUCUGCAAUACUGAAGCAGCACUUGGUCUAACUGAUCAGACGAAGUCCUGUGAUGAGACGAUUCGUGUUCAAGUCAACUAUGACGGUGAGGAGAAAGAGAAGGAGAAACAACAAGGCUACGCCCGAAACUCCCGACAACGAGCAGUAGCAAUGGUCAUCAAGGAGUGCCAAACAAUAGGCCUGAAUGGGCGUAAAGCAAUUGGGCUGAAUCAGGAGGAACUUACCAGAAGCUCAUUGACAGAGAUAGAGGAGAAUCGUGCUGUAGAGAAACUUGUCCGGAAUUGUGCUGGUGGUCGAAAUGCAUGCAUUCGAAAAGCCAUCGCUCCUAAUGAGCAGCUUGGUGUAGCUACUCGAAAACAUCUGACUGGAAUCAUAGACUAUGGCAUGGCAUGGAUUUUGAAGUGUCACAAAAAUCUUGCAAAAUGGGAGGAGUUUGCUAACAACAUGAACAGCAGAGCAAUGGCGUUGGAUCGACUGAAGUCGAAUUUGGAGAACGGUUGGCUUGUUGACCACGAGCACUUGGAAGCCUCUUGGGAACAUAUCUUAUCGCAGACCGCUGAGCUUCUGCGACUGACUGGUGCUAUGAAGUCAAGGAUCGAACAUGUACCCGAUCCAGAAACGUCUAAUGAUGACAAUAAUGACUUUGAACAUCCCCUCUCACGUCUUCAUUCUUCAAGUCCUGAACUGGAAAAACUACAACAAAUAGUUAUAAAGGCUCACUCGAUCACUCAAGAGAUGCAUCGAACAGCUAUGGAGAUGAGCGCGGAAAAAAGCAAGAAUAUUUAUGAAAUGACUAUUGUAACACAAUCAAUGGAGCGCCUGUCGAAUAAUACCGAUACGUUGGACGGACUCCUACUCGAACUGCAUGAAUGGUUCGAAUACGAGUGUACGCGAGCCAGAGAAACCCUAAGAGAUUUGGUUCCAAAGCUCAAGGUUCGCCUUGUUGCAAAGACGAAUGUCAGUCGUUCUGUUGAUAUUGGCCUUCUUUUUAUCCAAAACAUCUACAAAUCCAUUACUGAAGUUUCAAACAGCGAAAUAAAACUAAUGGACAGACUUGAUCUCAUUCUCCACGUUAUGACAUCAUCUGAUGUUGAAAAGCUCCUCGGAUGGGUCUCCAGUAUGAUCUCUGAUGCCAGAGUUGGCAUCAUUCCAGAUUCUCUGAGCGACAUUGCUUGCUUGAUUAAUGUUCUGUCAUCCUUGAUAACUAUAUGGAAUCAUCAUGUAUUGCAAGCGUUACGUGUGUUAUCCGUGCUCUACUACACAAUUCUAUCGCUGAGCAUGCAACUCUUUGAGAAGGGAUACGUGAAUCUUAUUCCAAAACUUGAAAAACAAGAAUCUGGUCAAGGAGAGAUGGAAGGUUCAGGAGAGGGUGGAGGUAUGGGUGAAGGAGAAACGAGCGGUGACGCUAAAGAUGUAACAGAUGAAAUGGAGGAAAGUGGUCAGAUCGAAGGUCUUCAAGAUGAAGUUUGUGAACCUCCUGGAGGGAAUGCUGCUGAGAACGACACGCCAAUUGAUGUCGAUGAGGAUUUUUCUGAGGAUUUACAAGAUAUCGAUCGCAAUGAAGGAGGGCAAGAUCGUGAAGAUUCCGACCAAGAAAAUGAAGAGGAGCCGAAUUUAGAAGAUAAAUUGGGAGACGUUGAUGAAGCUGAUGACCAACAACUCGAUCCAGAGCUGUGGGAUGAAAAUGAGAAAGAUCCUUCCAAGGACAUAGACGAAAAUAAUGAAGGCGCUGGUAACCAAACUGAAGAAAUGGCGGCUAAAGAGGAUGAUACCGUUGCUGCUGAAAAAAAGGCCGGAGAUGAAGAACAGAACAGCAACGAAGAACAGAACGAUGAUUUUGAGCAGGAUCUCGAAAACGUCGAUGAAAGAGAGAAGGAUAUUGAGGAGACAGAAACUGCAGAGGAGGAUCCGUGCACCCACGCUGAAGAAUGCUCGCAGGAUCCCUUGGAAGACGCUACGAACGAAGGCGAAGCCGGUGAUUCCACUGAUGAAGAUGAUGAAACUGGAGAGGAUCCUGGUAAUGAGGAUCUGCCUAAUGAGGAGCACAGUGAGUGCGAUGAGAACCCGACCAACCCACCUGCAGAAGAAGACGUGAGCGGAAUGAAAGACGACGAAGUAGUGGAACAAGGGACUGGAGGAGGCCAAACGGGACAUGAUGUCAACGAGGAGGAUGCUGACGGAAAUAAUGAGGUCGGAGAGGAGAACCAAGAAAAAAGGGGAAAAGGAGAAAGUGAAAACGACGAUGGCGAGACAGGCAAAGGAGUUGAGAUAAUUAAGAAGGAUAAAAAUGAAGAAAACAAGGAAAAUGAUGGAGAAUGUGAUGAGAAUUAUGAGCAGCAGGAAAACAAACGAGAGCUUGCUAAGAACGAUAAAGCUGCCGAGGAUAAGGAGCAUGGUGAUGGUGAAGAAGAUGAAGCUGGACAGAACAUAAAGGAUGCAUCUGCUGCCGAGCAACAGGUUGUUGGCGCUGGUUCACUAGAGGAGGCCAGAGAAUCCAAAAAGGCUGACACCGAAGAGAAAUCUAAAGAAAGAAAAAAGCCUUCGUUAGGUGCCGAAGAAACUGUCGAUUCACCCAUGAUCCAUGACGAUGCUGCUAGUGAAGAACAUGGAGCUUCUAUUCAUCUCGCCUUAGAUCAAAUGUACAAUUUGGUGGACGAAAUGACGAAGGAGAUUUCUCUGGGAACUGUGGACAGUGAGGUUGAACCGCAGACGAUGGAAGUAAAUGUAGCAACAACAAAGGACUCUGUUGAUUUUGAACAGCAGUGGGCGACAAUCAGCCAGACGGUUGGUGUCCUUGCUGCAGAGCUGGCUGAAAAUUUACGUUUGAUUCUUGAACCUCAGCGAGCUAGCAAAAUGCAGGGCGACUAUCGUACUGGUAAAAGGCUAAACAUGAGAAAGUUGAUACCGUAUAUCGCCAGUGAAUAUAGAAAAGAUAGGAUAUGGAUGCGUAGGACGAAAAAAGCUCAGCGAGACUAUCAGGUUCUAAUAGCUGUUGACGAUUCAGCAAGUAUGAAUGAGAAUGGAAUACAUCAGGUGACUUGCGAGUCAGUUUGUGUGAUCGAAGAAGCACUGCGACGAUGUGAUGCUGGUGGCGUGUCUGUGUGUUUAUUUGGAAGUGAUGUGAAAAUAAUAAGUCCCUUUGGUGAUCACAUGAUGCCUGGAUCACAGUUAUUGCAAAAGCUAUCCUUCGACCAAUCAUCUACCGAUCUUAUUCUGCUUUUGAAUCGGUCAAGGCAAAUUCUAAGUAAUGUACGAAUGCCAACUAGCGAACAGCUCUUAAUCAUCAUCUCCGAUGGAAGAGGCGCUUUAGCACAAGGCGCAGAUAAGGUGAAACAGGCUUUGUCAGCUCUGCAAGGAGUGACUGUCUUAUUUGUAAUACUUGAUUCUGGCCAGAAAUCUAUACAUGAUUUAUCUGUAGCAGUCUUUCAAGGAGGAAAUGUGAUACUGAAGCCGUAUUUGACUGUCUUCCCGUUUCCGUUUUAUACGAUCAUCAAAACGGUCAUGCAGCUUCCUUCAGUCCUAGCGGAUUCCAUACGACAGUGGUUUGAAAUGACAAUCGUAAGAGCUCACGCACCUACUGAAACCGAGGACAACAGUAAAGACGCCUUCUAUGAUGAACUCAAUGCAUUGAUGUCUAAAAUACCAGGCCAGCAUGUGGUCAUUGUCGGAAUCGAAGCAAAUGCGAAGAUGGGACUCGAACAGCAAUCCGAUGUGCUAGGAAAAUGGUAUUAUCCAGCGGAGCGCACGUCGGACAACGGUGACCGUCUGGUCGACUUGUGCGAACAGAUGGGCCUCAUCAUCGCUUCCACGUUUAAGAGGAAUCAUCGACGCCAUCAGCUCACGUGGCAGGGGUCAACCCUUUUAACGCCUGAAGAGCAGCGCAAGCGGAAGAUGAGGACACUUAACAGCUCGACUGCGUUCUGGCGAUGA